AUGGACCUCCCUGCGGAAUGUGAAAAGGAGAUUGCGCAUGUCAACGAUUCUGACACGGAAAGUAUGCGCAUGCACGACUGCCCUAAGGCACGGAAGAUAUGCAAGUGCCGCCACCAUGCCCCAGUGCCGCACUGGGGCAUGGGAGAUAUGCGUAUGCCACCGCCACCUUCGGGCAGGAGACGCAUGCCGUUUCCAGUGGGAGACGUAUACACAUGUCGCCAUUGGGUAUGGGAGAUAUGA